GGCAAGCGCGCGAGGGAGGGAGACCUUCGCGCGAGGCGUGUUGAUUCUGGCCGGGGAGGCGGGUCUCGCUCUGCCCGUCCUCGCAAUGGAUGUCGCAAGAAGCUGAGCCCCCCCGACCUCGCUUGCCCCCCCUGCCAGCUGCCCCGCUCCAUCCUCCCUUUGGGGCAGAGCUUGCACGUGGCGGAAAGGGUUCCUCUCGAAGGUUACAAUGUCACCUGAUGAAUUUGUCUACUUGGCGGUCCUUCUCAUCUCUAUACCUGUUGGCUUCCUCUUCAAGAAAGUGGGUUGGAAGACCAAGAAAUUUGGGGGAGCUGCUGUAGGACUUGUGCUUAUACUGGCCACUUGCCAGAUCCACAUCCUUCACUCCCUUGUCACCAUCCUGGGCACAUGGCUUAUUAUCAAUAUCGCACCAAGGACUUGUCACUACCUGACACUAGGAUGGACAUUUUCCUACUUACUUUUUUUCCGCACAGUUACUUUCUUCAACUUUCCACAGCCAACACCAUUCACCAACGCUGUGCAACUUUUGCUUACUCUUAAGCUGCUGAGCUUAGCCAACGAGGUGCAAGAAUUCAUUCAGGCAAAGAAACAGGAUGUGACGACAUUCACCAAAUCUUCAGUGAUUGGUGUGAUUCCCCAAAUGCCAGGACUGGUGGAGAUACUGUGCUACAGUUAUUGCUAUGUGGGGCUUAUGACAGGGCCAUUUUACCGCUAUCGUACGUAUCAUGACUGGUUGAGCCAGCUCGACCCUUCUGUUAUUCCUAGCUGGCAGCCACUGCUUUCCAGAUCCAGAAUGAUCCCCGUCUUUGGAAUGUUUUUUCUGGUUGUCUCCCACUUCUUUCCCCUUGAGUAUGUCCGAAGCGAUGCCUUCUACGAGAGAGGACUGCUCUUCCGCCUCUUCUACAUGGUGCCCGUCUUUUUUGUCUUCCGCAUGCGUUUCUAUGUUGCCUGGCUUUGUGCUGAGGGCGCCUGCAUUGCCGCUGCGUUUGGUGCCUACCCGGCUAGUGCCAAGGCUCGAUCAGGCGGAGGACCUACCGUAGAAUAUGAGCCUUUGAGUCGAUCAGCUAAUGGGGAAGCAUCCAGUAUUGCCUAUGAUUAUGAGACAAUCAAAAACAUUGAUCCACACAGUACGGACUUUUGUGUCAAAGUGAAGGAUGGCAUGCGCUAUUGGAACAUGACUGUCCAGUGGUGGUUGGCGCAAUAUAUCUACAAAAGUGCACCUUUCCACUCCUAUGUCUUGAGGACCGCCUGGACCAUGUUUAUCUCCGCCUACUGGCAUGGGAUCCACCCUGGGUACUACCUCAGUUUCCUUACCAUCCCACUCUGCCUAGCAGCUGAGGGGGCCAUGGAGAGUGGGUUCUUGAGGCACCUCUCCCCGUCUGGGCGUCUUUUUGGUGACUGGGUACAGUGGUUCCUGAAGAUGAGGGCCUAUGACUACAUGUGCAUGGGCUUUGUGUUACUUACCUUUGAGGAUACCAUUCGCUACUGGAGCUCAGUCUAUUACUGCAUCCAUGUGGGAGCUCUGGUUUUCUUCGUGCUGGGAAAAGUGUUGGGGGCCCAGAGGAAACAGGGCUCCCUGAAGGGCAAGCAGGGUGCUCCAGAGACCCCCCAGCAGCAGGAAUGAGAAGGCCAAGUGAUGUUGCCAUAAGCCCACAGCAUGGAGUGCUACCAUGGGCCCUGGAGGCUAAGGGAAUAAAUAAGACUCAGCGUAAGACUAGUUUUGAUGUAUAUCAUGACUGAAACUAUAGUUGGGAAUUGAAGGAAGUAAUCUGAGAUUGAACUCAGAAAUCCCUACUUUUCAUCUGCUUUGUGACAAGACGAAAGAUUUUAGGAAUCCUAAAAGUAUUGCCACCUAUGCUUCUCUACUCAGCACCAGGGGAUUCUGAGAGAAGGAAAAAUCUCUAAACUUCUAAUCCUUUCCUUUGUUAGCUUUCUUUCUAGCUCUCGCUCUACUUCUAUAACGCUCAGGAAUCUUACUUUUUACUCCUCUCUACUCCUAUUUUUCUUUCCUUUUUUUUUUUUUUUAAGUCCAAACCCCAGCCAUUUUAUAGGAUAGGGCAAAGGAAUUAUGCCCCACUGCA